AUGGCGAGCAACCAGGACAAGGCGCCGGCCGAGGCGGGCGUGGGAGCUCAAAACGGCCCCGGCCCGAAGCGAGAUGCUCAGGACGAUGGCGUGGAGAAGGACGCGGUUCAAGAAAGAUUUGACCCCGAAGAAGAGGCAUCCAUGCUAGCCGAAUCCAACGCGCACAAGGCCGAGGCAAACACUCUCUUUACAUCCGGAAAAUACGACACAGCCCUCAACAAGUACGAUGAAGCUGUCGCCGUGUGCCCGAACUACCUGGACUACGAACUGGCCGUGCUGUGGUCUAACGUCGCUGCAUGUCACCUGAAGUUGGAGGAAUGGAAGGAGGCUGUCAGUAGCGCAACCUCGGCACUGGAUGGGCUCGAUCGGCUAGAGAAGCAAGGGAAGGAGGCGGAGGAUAAGGAGAAAGCCGAAGCUGAACGGCGCAGAAUCGAAGAGGCAGACGAUGUCGAAGAAGAGAUCGUCAGCGCCGGCGCCACCAAAGCCGGCCCGGCGUUGUCUACUACCACCGAGGACGAGCUGGCUGCGGCAGCCCGUCAAAAACGCCAGGAUGAUAUCGCUCGGAUACGUGCCAAGGCUCUGAUGCGACGGGCGCGUGCAAGGAGCGAGCUAGGCGGCUGGUCGAACCUUGAAGGCGCCGUCGAAGACUAUAAACGUUUGUCCACGAUGGCAAAUCUCACGGCUACGGAUAAGAAGAUUGUGCAGGCACAGCUGCGGAUGCUACCACCUCUGGCCAAGGCGGCACAGGAGAAGGAAACGGCCGAGAUGUGGUCCAAGUUGAAAGAUCUGGGGAAUGGUCUGCUGAAGCCAUUUGGGUUGAGUACGGACAACUUUCAGAUGGUGAAGGAUGAGACGACGGGGGGAUAUAGUAUGAACUUUCAAAAUGGAGGAGGGAAGUGA